UCCGCUAUAUUUGGCCGCUCUCUUCUCUCUCUUUCUUAAAUAUAGUGCUCAACUCUCUCGCUCCACAUUCCCGACGACCAGAACGAACACAAAAUUCCAAGAGAGAGAGAGAGAGGGAGAGACAGUGAUCUGUGUAUUUCUACCUGUAAUUUACAUUUCUGUAUGUCUCGAGCUCCUAAUUACGAGUUUCAAGAAUGGUGGAACAAGCAAAGAGAGAAGAAUCACGAUCACGAACUCUUGUUAGAGAAAUCGGAUAACACUGGCUUCUUGACCGUCGAGAUCCAUACUCCGACUCUAGAUCCGACGGUCCAGAGGGAGCGUUCACGAUCCCGAAGCGCUAGACAGUUGUCCUGGGUGUGCCUAUUGAGGUGCCAGCAACUUGCGAGCUCUCUUGCGUGGCUUGCUAACGCGUUCGUUCACCUCCUCCGCACCGCCAAUCGUAGGAUUUCCGCUUCGCCGACAGAUUCGUCAUCGUCGCGGCUAUACCGUGUGAUCAAAUUCUUCCUGAUUUUAGUUAUUUUGUUACUUUGUUUCGAGUUAGUUGCGUAUUUUAAGGGAUGGCAUUUCAGUCCACCCUCGCCGGACGCGGCGGAGGCUAUGGUGGAGCUUAUUUAUGCCAAGUGGCUAGAAAUUAGGGCGGGGUACUUGGCGCCGCCGCUGCAGAUAUUGACCAAUGUGUGCAUCAUAUUGUUCCUGAUACAGUCGGUGGAUCGUAUCGCCUUGGUUUUAGGGUGUUUCUGGAUAAAAUUCCGGCGGUUGAGGCCGGUGGCUACAGUGGAGUACACGGGGGACAAUGUGGAUGAGUAUCCGAUGGUGCUCGUGCAGAUCCCUAUGUGCAAUGAGAGGGAGGUCUACCACCAAUCUAUUGCAGCUGUUUGUAUUCAAGACUGGCCCAAGGAGAGAAUGCUUGUACAGGUUUUGGAUGACUCCGAUGAAUUGGAUGUUCAACUCCUCAUCAAGGCGGAAGUGCAGAAAUGGCAACAAAGGGGUGUCCGCAUAUUGUACAGACAUCGUCUUAUACGCACAGGCUAUAAGGCAGGAAACCUUAAAUCUGCAAUGAGCUGUGAUUAUGUGAAAGAUUAUGAGUUUGUGGCAAUAUUUGAUGCAGAUUUUCAGCCGGGACCAGAUUUCUUGAAGAAAACUAUUCCUUACUUCAAGGGAAAUGACGAUCUAGCAUUGGUACAAACAAGGUGGGCCUUUGUGAACAAGGAUGAGAAUUUGCUUACAAGAUUGCAAAACAUAAACUUGUCCUUCCACUUUGAGGUUGAGCAACAGGUCAAUGGAAUAUUUAUCAACUUCUUUGGUUUUAAUGGAACUGCGGGUGUAUGGAGGAUUAAAGCUCUUGAGGAAUGUGGUGGUUGGUUAGAACGAACAACCGUUGAGGACAUGGAUGUUGCUGUCCGUGCUCACCUUUGUGGAUGGAAGUUCAUAUACCUGAACGAUGUCACGUGUCUUUGUGAACUCCCUGAAUCUUAUGAGGCAUACAAAAAACAGCAGCAUCGCUGGCACUCAGGGCCCAUGCAAUUGUUCAGAUUGUGCUUCACUGACGUACUUCGUUCGAAGGUAAGUGUGGCCAAGAAAGCCAAUAUGAUAUUUCUUUUCUUUCUGCUGCGGAAGCUUAUCCUGCCUUUCUAUUCCUUCACACUCUUCUGCAUCAUCCUCCCUCUGAGCAUGUUCCUGCCGGAAGCACAGUUACCGGCUUGGGUUGUUUGUUACAUACCUGGCUUCAUGUCAAUCUUGAAUAUCCUUCCAGCUCCACGGUCAUUCCCAUUUAUUGUUCCCUUCCUUUUAUUUGAAAAUACAAUGUCAGUUACCAAAUUCAACGCUAUGAUAUCAGGAUUGUUUCGAUUUGGUAGUUCGUACGAAUGGAUAGUUACGAAGAAAUUGGGAAGAUCUUCAGAGGCAGACCUAGUUGCCUUUGCAGAAAAGGAAUCUGAACCAUUAUCAGAAGCUACAAAUCUGCUCCGGUCCUCCUCAGAGCCCAUCCUCGAUGAGCUGAGUAAACUAGAGAUAACUAAAAAGGCUGGGAAAACAAAAAGAAAUCGUUUGUACAGGAAGGAACUUACUCUGGCAUUUAUUUUGUUAACUGCCUCAGUGAGAAGCUUGUUAUCAGCCCAAGGAAUUCACUUCUACUUCCUCUUAUUUCAAGGCAUCAGCUUCUUAGUUGUUGGUCUCGAUCUGAUUGGUGAACAGGUGAGCUGACUGUUGGAUUCUAAUAUAUCUCCCUGAGUUUUAGUCCUAGGAUGCUGGAGCCGGGAACAGUGUCGCUGCUCUGUCUUCAUCCCGGUUUGCAGAUUUGAGCCUUUUCAGUUAUACUUUCUCAUUGUGAUUCUUGGUGGUGGUUCAUUCAUUUAUCCUGGGCACAUAUUUGUCAUCUCCGAAUUACUGAUCAGGCAAUGUGCUUUUCGGCUAAUGUAAAGCCGUCUGAGGAGGCGUUUAUGAGAUUGUUAUGCCUUUGACACAAAGGUACGAUAUCAGUACCUCCAUGAGAGGGCUUGUUUGCUGUAAUACUAGUUAACUGUAUAUUUGUGACAGAUGAAGGGCUAGGCAUUGUUAAAUUAUUAGUUUCAUUCUUUAAAAUUAUUUCAAAGAGACUAAAGACUUGGUUUAAAUUUUGUCCUCGCACUUUGCGAUCUGUC